UUUAACAGCUGAUUGGGUCUUACUGUAAUCAGCUGAUCUGACGUCCAGGAGGCGCGGCCAGAGUUAGCUUCAGCAUGCUGUUCAUUCAUUCAGGCUAAGUUCAGCAGUACACACAGCUGCUCCACCACACGUGCAACUCAGUGCGUGUCUUGUUUACUGUUGAUCUUUGCCAGUCUGCCGUCUCGUGUCGUUCAUUCAGCGAGGACAGUUAGUUCCUGGUUAACGGUUAGUUCCUGGUUGACAUGAUGGAUUAUGAGCAGAGAGCAAAAUCUGUGGCUGAAUGUCUGAUGAGCUACAGGAGAGACGGGACCGGAUGGAAAGUCUGUAGGAAAUCGAACGAUGUGGUUGUGUCUUGGCGUCCGUCAUCUGAGUUUCCUGGAAAUGUGUAUAAAGGGGAUGGAAUAAUCAGUGGGAGUCCGGAGAAAGUUUGGGAAUGUCUGAAACCAGUUCCCAAUGGGUUCCGAGUCAAGUGGGAUGACAACGUGAAAAAGUUUGAGCUUUUGGAGCAGAUCUCACUGGACGUCUCAGUCUGCAGAACUGUCACCCCCUCUGCAGCAAUGGGUAUCAUUGCUCCACGAGACUUUGUAGAUGUUAUUUUAGUAAAGAAAUACGAAGAUGGUUCCAUUUCAUCCAAUGCAACCAACAUCCUGCAUCCUGGUUGCCCUCCUCAGUCUGGAUACGUCAGAGGAUUCAACCAUCCAUGUGGCUGCAUCUGUGUUCCCAUGUCUGGAGAGCCUGGUAAAACCCAGGUGUUGACGUUCUUCCAGACCGACCUUGGUGGUCUCCUUCCUCGAUCCGUGGUUGAUUCCUUCUUCCCAUCCAGCAUGGCUGACUUCUACAGCAACCUGAACAAGUCUGUUAAAUCCCUUAGAGACGUUUGAUACCAUGAUGGAGGAGACGUGGUACUACCGGUCCCAUCCAGAAUCACAUGAUCCCACACCCAGUCCAUGGUUGAGUUCUGUUUUUAACAGAGGAAU